AUAUGUUAUUUACAGUUUGUUCAUUAUUUUUUUUAGUUAUUCUUAAAACAUCGACAUGUCAGAAGAGCCAAAAACAAUCUGGAAACUACGAUGUUCAGAUAACGUAUAUAGGUUCAUGUGGUCAAAAUGGAAACUAUUCAGAACAGAUGGGAUUCGUCCAGACAAGAAUGUCAAAGACUAACAGAACCUAUGCCUGUUUGAGUGGAAUUUUUGCACUUCCCUAUGGACUCAGUGAUGACAUGCAAGAAACUUGGGAGUUGUUCGUCAAAGGAAGCACAGGAGGUUGGAAAAGAUUCAUUACCUUCAAUAACAAAAAGGCUUGCUCUGAUAAAAGAAGAUUGUAUCCGAAAUGGUUUAAAAUGCUAAACAUUAAAGAUGUACCAUGUCCUAUUCCUCGUGGUAACUACACGGUUGACUGUGACAGAGCAGCAGGAUGGAAGUUUUCCCAAGCCAAAACACUAACAUAUGGAGAGUAUAAAGCUAUAGUCAAUUUUUACCACAACAAAGAAAACAUUGGAUGCACUGACUUUCGUGCAAAUAUCGUCCCUAUGGCAGAUGAAAUUCAAUGAAUUUUCUCCACGUUCUAAUACAUAAGGUCUUCGUACGUAAUAAAUUAAUACCCCUCAGCAAACCUGCAGACUAAGCGAAUUUCCAUUUACCUGACUGGAUUUCUUCUAAAAUAUUCCCUAAAUAUUGUCAGAUUUAUUUCCUAUUUAAAAACAUUAGUUUUAGUGAGUACUUAGGUUUGCUGCCACAGGGAAGAUAUUGAGGUGUGUUUUUUAUUGCAAUAUUGAAAGCUUAGUAUGA